AUGUCUUCCGACCUUCCAACAUCAUUCGCUAACGACCGAUCAACCUUCGAGGCCGCACUGAUGAGUCUCUUCUCCGGGCCGCCCGAAAAUGCCGAGUCUGAUUUCCUCAAGGUGUUCACUCCCACGUCCACGAUGCGCGCCGAUGACAGGAAAUUUGAUUUUGCUGCCUUUGUCGCCCAAAACCGCCGGGUCAGAGAACGGAAGCCCAAAGUCUCGAUUACGGUGACCCAGUUCCUUCGCGACGGAAAGCAGUUUGCCGAUAGGCAUGACUCCACCACAGAGUUGCCGGAUGGUACGUUUAUGGAGGCUGAGACUUUCAUGUUUGGCGAGGUUGCGGAGGAUGGGCGACUCGCUUGGAUUGUGGAAACGACUUGA